AUGCCUACCCCUCGUUGGCCACCUGUUUCUUCUUUGCCCCCAUUUGCCCCUCCUUCAGAUGUUUCUUUUAAUGUUGGGAAUGUGGGAGAGUCUUAUAGUAUGGGAUCCUUGUGUGGGAAUGCUUUUUGGUCUACGUCGUGUUCAACCUUUUCUAGACUGUGGUCUCCUCUUCGAGUUUUUUUUUUUGGUGCUGCAUCAAAAAUGAAUUUUAAUUCUGAUGAAUUUAUGUCCUUCAAUCCUAUAAAUGAUCUCAUGAAUGAUAUUGAUCAUAAUGAUGAGAGUUUAGACAAUGUUAUACUUGAACCAAUACCCCUUGCGUCUUUAACUCCUGAACCUGUUAUCACAGACGAAGAAUUUGAGAAGGAGAUUGAUCUCAUGAUGCUGGACUCGGACCCUUUGGCAGCUGAAACCUCUCAUUCCCAUGAUCUAUUAAGUCCAGAUUUUAAGAAUGUUCUUAUAAAUUCCUGGUCGAAGUUUGUUACGGGUUCACCGAGCUUUAUUGCUGCUGGUAAGCUUAAGAACCUUAAGCAUGAUUUAAUCUAUUGGAAUCGGAAUUCUUUUGGGCACAUAAAAACUACAAUAGGAAAGUUAAACUCUGAAAUUGAGAAGCUUCAAUUUAUGCCAUAUUCUCCUUCGAUUGGUUCUUUCAUACUGAAUUAUUCGAAGCAACUUGAUUAUUGGUAUGAGCCAUAUAAUGUUGUUAUUGAGGAAGUACUUAAAGACAUUCAGCUUGUAAUAACAAAUGACAUUAAUAUCAGAUUAACUGCUAUACCUACUUCGGAAGAAAUUCAUGAAACCAUCAGAAACAUGGCUCCGUGGAAAUCACCGGGUCCGGAUGGGUUCCCUGGUGGGUUUUUUAUAGACAACUGGAAUGAGGUUUCUAUAGAAGUUAUAAAUCAUGUCCAAUCGUUCUUUCAAAACAAAUUUCUUCUUAAGCAGCUGAAUCAUGCAUUCAUUGCCCUAAUCCCUAAGUCUGCUUUUAUAGCAAACAUGCAGAUUCAAGACAAUAUCUUAAUCAGUCAUGAAAUUUUACAUUCUUUUAAAACUAGGAAAAGAAAGAAUAAUAAAAAUGGGUUUAUGGCUAUAAAUACAGUUUCUUACUCUGUGCUGGUUAAUGGUUCGCCUGGAGAGAUCUUUAUCCCAACUAGAGGUAUAAGGCAGGGGGAUUGCCUAUCCCCUUACAUCUUUAUAUUAUGUAUGGAAACGUUGUCUCAACUCUUGUUAAAGGGACAAAACGACAAUCUGAUUCAGGGGUUUAAAUUGAGGAAAAAUAGUCCUUCGAUUUCUUACUUGUUUCUCGCAGAUGACUGCAUGUUGUUUUCGAAAGCCUCCUUAACUUAUUCAAGAAAUCUUAUGAAGAUAAUUGAUUCUUUUGCAAAAGCUUCAGGUCAGGCCAUAAAUUUCGAAAAAUCAGACUUUUUUACUAGCAAUAAAAUGCAUCAUAAGCACGUUAAAUUAUUAGGUAGAACUCUAGGAAUUAAAUUCCUGAGCUCAUCUGAAAAGUAUCUAAGAACCCCUUUAUUUGUUAAUAGGAACAAGACCAAGUCCUUCCAAUUCCUCAUUAAUAAAUUCUAUAGCAGAUUGAGUAAUUGCAUGAAAACAAACUUGAAUGUUUCUGGAAGAACUGUUGUCACAAAGCAUGUCCUAUCUAGCUUAGCUGUUUAUCAUAUGUCAUGUUUCCCUUUCCCUAAAAAGAUCAUUACGGAGAUUGAUUCAAUUCAGAAAACUUUCUGGUGGUCUAAGAAAGAUCCUAGGAGAGCUGCUUAUUACAAAUCAUGGGGUGAUAUUGGUAAAUCAAAAUUAAAUGGUGGUCUAGGAAUUAAAAACACUUAUGCUACUAACAGAGUCUUUAUAGAAAAAAUUGGUUGGAGAAUGUGUAAAAAGCCAGAUCAUUUAGUAUCUAGGUUCUUUAAGGAUAAGUACUUUCCAAAUCAAAGUUUGUUAGAGAUUGAUAAAGCUGCAGAUAGAUCGUCUUGGAUUUGGAAAGGUAUGGUGAAAGGUAUGAAAUUCAUUAAGGCUAAUAUAGUAUACAAAAUCAAUGAUGGUAAGGCUACAAGUAUUUGGUCUUCUAAUUGGUUUCCGUUUAGUAGCUCUCCUCCGAUUUCGAUUAAUCCUAAUUUUACAAAUUUCGACUUUGUUAGUGACCUUAUUGAUAUGCAGAAUAAUUCUUGGAACCUUAGUCUUAUUAAUUCUUUAUUUUCUCAGGAUGAUGUCAACAUAAUUAUUUCUCUUAGAAUAAAUACCAAUAAACAAGAUGAUAUUAUGUGGGCUCACACUAGAAAUGGAAAAUUUACUAUAAAAUCUGCUUAUAAAGCUUUUAUGAAUGAAAUAGUUACUGUUGAAGAUGCUUCUUUCUAG